AGCUCACCGAGCUUCAUCCAUGGCUCUGCAAGAGCUUCUUCUUCUUCUUCUCGUCCUCCUCAUCCUCUUUCCCAUCACAACCCUUUCUCAAAGAGUCCCCAUGUUCAUUCUCUGUUCCACUGACUCAAACUACACAAAACCAAGCCCCUUCGCCACCAACCUCGCCUUCCUCCUCUCCAACCUCACCGUCACCACCUCCAAGUCCUCCAACCUCUUCUCCGCCUCCUCCCUCGGCUUCAUCCACGGCCUUGCUCAAUGCCGCAUCGACGCCAACUCCUCCGUCUGCGCCUCCUGCCUCAACUACUCCGCCAACGCGUUCUCCACCUACUGCCCCUUCGGCAGCUCCGCCGCCCUCCGCUUCGACUUCUGCCUCCUCCGUUACUCCAAUAUCAGCUUCUUCUCCCAAGUCAGCUUCGAUAUCUUGUACUAUCUGAAGAACCCCAGAAACGCCUCAGACCCCAUAGUCUUCAAUCAACGUUUAGACAAUCUAAUGAGCGCUGUCUCACCGGAAGCAUCCCAAUCGACGUUGAGAUUCAGUGUGGGCACGACCAACUUGUCGGACUUUGAGACUAUUUACGUCAUGCUAGAGUGCACUCGAGACCUUUCCGCUGAUAGUUGUGGACAGUGCUUGGAUCAAGUGAUCGAAUAUCUUCAAACCUAUUGUUCUGGAGCAAUCGGUUGCCAGAUGCUCGCUGUGAGUUGCACCGCCAGGUACGAGACCUACCGCUUCUACUCUCUUUCUGUGGUGCCACCGCCACCAGCGGCGUUUACUUUACCGCCCCCUCCAGCGUCUCUUCCACCGCCUCCGGCCGGUGGUGAAAACCGGAGCAUUGAAAGUGGUGGAAAAGGCAGCAAUAGUACACUUAUUGUUCUUGUUGUUGUUAUUCCUUUGGCUGUGGCAAUUCUUUUCUUUGCUGUUUGCAUUUGUUUGCGGAGGAAAUCAGUCAGGACAGCACAAAGAGAUGAGCUGGGAUCGACUAGUGCAGAAUCUCUAUUGUUUGACUUGCCUACAAUUAGAGAAGCCACAGAUAACUUUUCUGAUGAGAAUAAGCUUGGAAAAGGUGGAUUUGGAACAGUUUACAAGGGAACGCUGAGAGAUGGACAGGAAAUAGCUGUGAAACAACUUGCAAGGAUAUCGACGCAAGGAUUUGUGGAGUUAAAGAAUGACGUUCUUUUGGUUGCUAAGCUUCAGCACAAAAACCUUGUAAGGCUUUUGGGCUGGUGCGUAGAAAACAAUGAGAAGAUUCUUGUCUAUGAGUACCUUCAAAAUGCAAGCCUGGACAAAUUUUUAUUUGAUCCCAUAAAGUGUCAGCAACUAGACUGGCCAAGGCGGUAUAGGAUCAUUGAAGACAUAGGUCGAGGCCUUCUUUAUCUUCAUGAAGAUUCGCGCCUUAGGAUAAUUCAUCGAGACUUGAAGCCCAGCAAUAUCUUGUUGGAUGAGGACAUGAAUCCUAAAAUUGCAGACUUUGGCUUUGCAAAGCUUUUCGACAUGGAUGAAACACAAGGGAAAGCUAGUCGAAUUGCUGGGACAUUAGGAUACAUGGCACCAGAAUAUGCAUUGUAUGGACUACUCUCAGUUAAAUUGGAUGUUUACAGUUACGGCGUGAUGGUAUUGGAGAUUGUGACUGGUCAAAAGAAUGGCAGCUUUCAAAAAAAUUCUGAGACUGCUAUUAACCUUCUAAGCACUGUAUGGCGGUAUUGGAAUGAAGGCAAGGGAUUGGAGUUGAAGGACUCCAGUCUAGGUGAGGAAGUCAGUAACGAGGAAGUACUGAGAUGCAUCCAUAUUGGAUUGCUUUGUGUCCAGGAGGACCCAAAAGAGAGGCCUACCAUGGCAUUAGUUCUUCUCAUGCUCAAUAGUUACUCUGUUUAUCUUCCAAGACCUUCUACUCCUGGUUUCUUGACGCAAAGCAGUGAGAUUUCUGGCGUGUUGUCAAGAGAAAAGAAUUCCACUUUGCAAGAAAAUGGAAAGCCAAAUGAAGAACCUUAUUCUUCAAGGUCAAUCUCUUUAAAUGGUCUCUCAAUUUCUGAAGUGGAAGGACGAUAGUUAUCAAUUGUUAAGUUUUAGUUACUUUGGCAGAACUGUAUUUUGUUGAACUCAGUAGUACACCAUGU